AUGCGCAACAACAAGAGAGUCCUCUCUGCGAGUCAAGAGACACCAUCCGAUCGGGGCAUUGGUGUUGAUCCGCCAACUUCCCCUUCGUUUCCUCAGAGCAGAGCGGACUCCCGUGGUUGGCAAAAAGGAACGAAGGACGGAAAAAAGGACCAACAGAUUCUUAUGGGAGCUGACGAAGACUAUCAGACAUAUAACCUCAGUGCGCUUAAACAGCCCGCAUCAUCUUUUGUGGUAUUCAAGAAAGCACUUGUCAGUAACUGGCGAGCAGAUGACUUGAGCACGCUUAAUUUAUCUACUGUAAUCGGUCUGGCACUAUGUACUUCACUAUCAGACAGAUCAUUCACUUCUUCCACAAUUUUCCUAUUUUGUUGUACAAGAAUCUGCAAGCUCAAGCAUACCAUUCACGAAACUCAGGUUCAUCUUCAAGGGCACUGCACAAGGCUUGCUCUAGAUCCUUGA